AUGGAGCACUUUGACACCAGCACCAUGUCGUACAUGCCAAUGCCACUACCUCUGCAGACGGUUACUGGGCCUGACCAGCAAAUCGCCAUGCCCAUGGUGCCUAUGGACCAGUAUGACCAGCGUUCGACGUUUGAUGCCGAGACGUUUAUCGGAAGCGAGGAUGCCUAUUCCACAUACCACCUCCAGCAACUACCACCACAACUCAAGCGCUAUCCCAGUGCCUACGAGGACCCCUUCUCAGACGUCCAGAGCGGCUACGAGCAGUCCAUUCACCCACACGAGCCCAAUGGCGUGCCAGAGAGCCCCAGCAUCGAGAGCAAUAACAAGCUCCUCAGCUUCUCUCUCCCCGUCAUGCCCUACACCAUCCUCACAUACACCAUGCAACGAGUCUCCAUCUCCAUGUCCGCCCAGCUUCAUGGCAUGUUCUUCCUGGCUGAGUCGCCUUGGGCCACUGCAGCAGACGUCCAGGCGCCAUCCGAGUUGACUUGCUACAGGCGCAACCUCUUCCAAAUCACCGGCACCAUCACUCUCCCUAGGAACUUGCAGUUUCUCAUGACCGAACAGGGAGACCAAAUACCAAUCUUGGGCCAGGAACUCACCAUAUCUGCAACCGAGUCGCUUGAAGGCAACCCGGUCAAGAUAAUAUCAGUCCCCUGGAAAACACCCGCCACCAGCACUGCGCCUGUAGAAGACAAGACGGAAAAGGAACCCCCGACGUACCCACUCGAUCUCUCAGCAGGCCAAGACAUGGAUUCAGAAUACGUCAGCUUUCCCAUCAGCUGGAAGCGACUACAGUUCCGAAUAGCAACUGCCAACAACGGACGGCGGAAAGAACUGCAACAGCACUUUGUGGUACGACUAAAAGUGGUAGCAACACUAGCUAGCGGCGUCAAAGUACCCAUAUGCGAGAUCCAAUCCGGCGCUAUCAUUGUGCGCGGCAGAAGUCCGCGCAAUUUCCAGGCGCGCAAGGACAUGCCGAUUAGCGGAGGAACAGCAGCACGAAAGGUGCACACACCACAGCAAUCUAGUCGAACGCCAACGGGUGACACGAACCAAAACACACCCAAGCAGACGCAAGCCCAGCCCGCACCGCCCUCGAAACCGGCGGAUUUGUUGCAGAUGCCCUUUGACUUUAGCGCAACCGAUAUUCCACCAUCACCUGACUUUGCCUGGAAAGUUCCCGCCGGCGCCAUGACUGCCAUACCCGCAGACCCGCCUUCGUCUCAAAUGCACCACGCCACACCGUACGCGCAGUCAACACCCGAAGUCCCUAGGGGUGUCCUCCCCAAGCGCGCGUCAAUAGCGCCCGUCUCCCUCUCCCUCACAGACGACGAACCACCCAAAGCACCUUCUCCCAACGAGCAGCACAGAAAACGCGCAACGCCAGUACGGCCACCUUCCUUCUCCAUCGGCGUGGUCAAUAGUCCGGAUGAAAGCGCAGAUUUACUGUACGAGUAUUUCCCGCUUGGUCUCGAUGACUGGAUGCCGCCUGUUGAUGCGGUUUAUCGGCCGCAUGUUGUUCAUCAUAUUACGCCGCUGCCGCAGGAUUCCAAGAUUGAUGCUGGGAGGACGAGGUCGAAGCGGUAUUUUUCGGAUGCUUGGUGA